AUAACUGGGUCCAGACCGAUGCUGCACCAGCUUUUCCUCAGAAAGGAAAAAGAGGCGGAUAGGCAGCAAUGGAUGUGGAUCAUGAAAUUAACCUCUUAGUGGAGAAAAUUCAUCGUCUGGGUUCAAAAAAUGCUGAUGGGAAGUUAAGGAUAAAAUUUGGGGUCCUCUUCCGAGACGACAAAUGUACCAACCUCUUUGAAGCAUUGGUAGGAACUCUCAAAGCUGCAAAACGAAAAAAGAUUGUUACAUACCCAGGAGAGCUACUUUUGCAAGGUGUUCAUGAUGAUGUGGACAUUAUAUUGCUGCAGGAUUAA